GUUGUUUUAGAUCUCAGACCAGCGAUCAAGCCGGAUCUCAUGCUGCAUUGAUAUGCAUCACAUGGCUCACGUAAAGUAAAGAAGGGACGAGUAAGUGCGUGCACACAUCGUCUAUCAAACUGGUGCCCGUAGUCGGGCGGACACCCCUGAAACUCUAUUGCCACUACUUUCCUUCCGAACUUCUUGACGAUCAACGUCCAGCCGACACUGACCCUGUGAUGCACAAAUGCAUCUUUGACGAAUUACCACGUCGCAUGCCAUAAGGAUAUCUGCUUGAAAAGGGCAUGAGUCUUCUUACCCAAGAGACGGGGAGCUCUUCUCGCAUCCACAGUCACGUCCCAGCGUUUUCGCUCUCAAUGCCUAGUACUUCACUGUCUGUUGCUCAUUUCGGCCACCCGCUCCUCAAAGGAGCAAAGCACUGGUCCAUUCUCGUUCCCACAGCCGAAGGACGUGCGUUUGAGUAUCAGAUCUCGGGCUCUACGAAAACAUAUGAGUUCAAGGCGGAAGAAGUCGUACUUGAAGAGCUGCAGAGCUGCAUGGGGCAGGUCACACUCGGGAGCGUCGACGCAGACAGGCAUGCGGAGAUCCUGGAGACCUUGCGGGCUGUGCCUAUCCAGAGAGGUAAUAUCAGUUGGUGCUGUCAUCAAUGGGUGCUUGAAGGAUUGGCUGCAUUGCAGGAGGGUGGGUUUGCUGUGACCGUACCGACGCACAGCGAUUUGGAAACGAUGCUCGCGCAAGCCCAAAGUCAUAUCGUUUCUCAGUGACUUGGACUUGCGCAGGAUAAGGCCUCUAAUACGU